CGUUUGUUAAACAUAACCUAAAAUAAAUUGAACUGGAAAUAAAUUAAGAAAUAGCAAACCAGAACCUAUGUAGACAAUUAAUUCAUGACUAUUCCAAAUUUAAAGAUAUAAGGCUACAGAUAUACAGUAAUGGUUUUAAGGUUUUUAAAUGCGUAGAGUAGGCCUAAAUUGUUAUAUUUUCGGAGCAUGUUCCACAGUACUUGUAUAGACGAGUACUGUCAAUACCGUAUCAUUUUCCCGGCUGAUUCAACAACAGUGGUGUGCCGGGGAUGCGGACAGACUCACAAUGUGAAAGAAUUACCCGAUAUAAAACCUGUGGAGGGAUUGGAAACCAAGCUGCAAAGUCUACUGACCAGUUUGUCGGUAGAAUCUCAGGCUCCUGAGAGAGGUCCUGAAAAUGUGAAAGUGCUUGGAGCUUCUAACUACCACCACAAACUUUUGUCCCAUCUUUUAACAACGCAUGGAAUGGAUGAGAAAAAGGCGAGACCGCUCAAUGAGCUCCAGAGACCGACAUUGGGCUGGAGCGAGUUUGGAGACUUAUGCUUCAGUAUCGAGGAGAGACAUUUGAACCUCAGCGGCUACGGCAGGGAUCUAAGCGGAAGCGCUCAAUACCUGAAAGAUACCCUGGAUCUGAUACUGCAACAUAAUGAUAACAAAGAGACGCUAGUUCCGCUGCAUGUUGAUGGCGAUGGCCAUUGCCUAGUACAUGCAGUUUCUAGAGCGCUGGUUGGCAGACAAAUAUUAUGGCACCCACUUCGUUGUCACCUGCAAAUUCACUUCAAGGCUUAUUUGGAUACUUACAAGAAACUCCUUGGAGAAUUCAUCACGGAGUCGGAUUGGCAGCGUAUAAUUUCAGAGUGUGACCCGUACUUUAACCCACCUGAUGAUAUCGUGGGUCUGAGACCGAUACAUGUGUUUGGGCUAGCCAAUCUACUGCGGCGACCUAUCCUCCUGCUGGACUCUGUGGCCGGCAUGAAAACUUCUGCUGCUGACUAUGCCGCUGUAUUCUUACCAAGGUUGUUUCCACCAGGAAGGUGUUGUAACAAAGCAGGCAGGCUAAACCCUCCGCUUUGUAUAGCCUGGAGCAGCUCAGCCCGCAAUCAUUAUGUUCCUCUAGUACAAGUAAAAGAACGGCCACUACCACAAUUCCCCAAAUCUUUACUGCCGAAAGUGUGGGGACUUCCCCAGUCUGAUCUGGAGAAGUAUUUACAGUUCAAUAAAAACGACUGCGUCGUCAUUGGAGGUGAGAACUGCGUACAGGCCGACUACAUGCUGCAACUAACUUCUGCAAUGGAUGAGUUGUUUCAACAAAAAUAUGGAGUUCAAGCUCAGCUGGUAUCAGACUUCUAUCUGUGUUGCUACGCCAGCAAAAACACUGGUGCAGGACUGCAGAUUAAAUCAGUAGUAAAAGCUACAACCAGAGCUCUGGAGAAUGGCAGGCUGCAGCGCUGUCUGAACUGCAGCGCAGUCGCAGCUCAAAAUUCCAAUAUUUGUCGGUUUUGUAGUGGGAAACUCCGCAUGAUUCGUCAUGAUGGCACAGUGGCAUACGAGAACGGAGACGUGACAAACGAACCCGUCAAGAACCCUUUGAAUCGUUGUCCCUGUGGCUUUAAACAUUGGUGGAAUGGAGUGGCUUACGAUAAUCCACCUGUAGAGGACUCAAGAACUGUCAAGAAAAGCUGGGCCGAAGCUGGUCGCCGUGAUGAACGUCAAAAUGAAAAUGAACCACCAAAGGAACAAGGAACAAGGCUUCUUAAACUGAGACAGUAUAAGGCGGCUAAAGAAGCUUUGGCUUUGAAGAGAGCAAGAGUAGAACGAAAGCCGCCUUUUAUUUUAUUCGGAUCCGCCCCCCCACCAGUCAAAAGAUCUUUACAAGGGGUAAGAGUGAUUCCUUUUCAAGCCAAGGUGACGCACAGUGUAAAAAAACUGACGUCACCGUACACACCAGUAGUGUUAAAACGAUCGCUCAAAAGAAAAAAACUCAGACAUAUAUCAAAUUUAGCAAAUAAGUCGCAAGAGAAACUUGAAAACUCUAUGGAAUGUGAAGCUGAUGAAGUGUUAGCAGCCCCUCUUGCCUCAGUGACAAAGGGAACAAGUGAAAUAUUAUCAACCUUUCCUUCUGUUUCAUCUCUAAUUAAUCAGGAAAGCGCAACAGCUGGAGUUCUCAAGGAGCUUGGAUUGCACUGUAAGCAACAACAAUGUAGCAGUAGAAUUACAAUUUCACCACGAACUCGCCUUGCUCCGGACAAACCUGGAGCUUCUAUUCACCAAUCCUCUAAGACCAAUAAAAGAAAAAAAAGUAAAAAAAUCACUGCUUUAGUUAAGAAAUUUGAAGCGAACCCCCUCAAGGAGAAAGCUGAUCUUGAAAAGUCAUUGGAGCAAGCUAAACAUAAGAGAAAUGAGCUGGAGUCUGAGGACCAGGAGCAGAUGUGUGACGUCACUGUAGGUCUACGAGCUGACAGUGAACAUUACAGAAUUCUCAGCUCAUCUGUAAACUCCUUGCAACAACAACUUCAGAAGAGCAACAAGGAAAUACAGAAGAGCAACAAGGAAAUACGUAAACUGAAGAACUUGUGUAAGACCCACAGUCGGAAGAUCAAAGAACUUGAAAAGCGUAAUGGCGGUUCCAAACUGCCUCGAUCACAAAGGAAAUACAGUGGACUCCCUCUAGUUCGGCUUCGGUCGGAUCGGCCGCCGGAUGGUCCGGCCCGGUCUCAGCACAAGUCAUAUCGUCACAGGCCUGCUUUGAAAGAAAUUAAAGAAAAUAACAGUGUACCACCACCAUCACCUACAAAGACUAUCUAAGGUAGCUUCCAGUGAAAACGUCGAUGGUUCAAUUGGACAUUCCAAAGCUUGGCUGGCAACUUGGCUCUAUUCUAAGCUUGUACCAAUUUUGUACUAGUACCUAUUUAGUAUUGUUCCAUAAAGGAAGUAUUGUCCGUUAAUUGAAAUUAUGUAUUUAUUUAUAUCCAUAGUGAUGUUUUUUCAGUCAGUAUUAAUACACUCUACCUUUACAUUACAUCUAUGUUAAAAAAAAAGUUAUUUAUAUUAAAG